AUGGAAACUCAUGAAGAAGAUGAUAUUGAUGAACUAAUGUCUAAUUUUUUCACAUUUCCACCUGAUGUCCAGGCUGUUCUUCCAAGUAAUGAUCCACUAGAUCAACCAGACUUCAACGUAGUAGAUUACAUAAACCAACUGUUUCCAAACGAGCAAUCAUUAUCAAACAUCGACGACGUGAUCAAUGAAUUCGAGUACAAGAAACGUUCAAUAGACAAAGAAAUCCGGUCAGUAGUUCGCGGGCAGACGAAUGGGGACCAGGAUGGCCGAGCAGCCUUGGAAGAGGCGCAAAAAACCAUCAAGCAGCUGUUUGUCCAGAUCAAAGAGAUAAAAGCGAAAGCCGAGCAGUCUGAAGAGACUGUAAAAGAAAUAACCCGUGACAUAAAGCAGCUGGAUUUUGCGAAGAGGAAUCUUACGGCUUCAAUAACUGCGCUCAAUAAGCUCCACGUGCUUGUAGGCGAGGUGGACAGCUUAAGGAUACUAACCGAGAAGAAACAGUACGGGGAAAUAGUUCUUAAGUUGCAGGCUAUCAUGGAGGUGAUGCAGUUCUUCAGCAAGUAUAUGGACAUUCCUCAGAUAAAAGAGCUGUCUGAUGAAGUUAACCAGAUAGAGAUUGAGUUGGCUCAGCAGAUAACUACCGACUUUAAAGAAGCCUUCUCUGGACAGAAUCUCAAACAUUUCACGCAAUUGACUGAAGGCUGUCAAGUGCUUUCAGUCUUGGAUCCUAAAGUUAAAAAAGAUCUGCUGAUUUGGUUUGUCAACGUUCAAUUGCAGAACCAAGACAUAGCCUGGCUGGACAAGAUCGACAAGCGCUACACAUGGAUCAAAAAGCACCUGAUGGACUUCGAGCAGAAGUUCGGUUCAAUCUUCCCCCUGGACUGGGAAGUAUCCGAGCGCAUCGCAGUCCAAUUCUGCCACAACACCCGCGAGGAUUUAUCAAAAUUAAUGCAAAAGCGUCGCGUGGAGAUCGACGUAAAACUCCUACUCUACGCAAUCCAGCGCACUAGCAAUUUCGAGAGCCUCCUCGCCAAAAGAUUCACCGGCAUAACUCUCAAAACCUCUUCACCCUCUUUAACAUCCACCCCCUCUACUUCUCCCCCAAAUCCCACAGAAGAAAGCACGAACCCCUUCGAAGAAUCUUUAGAAAAAGAAGAACCCAAACCUAGUCCUUCUCCCUUUGCAAAUCUAAUUGGAAAAUGUUUUGAACCUUACUUAAAUAUUUAUAUCGAAUCUUUGGACCGUAAUUUAGCAGAACUGAUGGAAAAAUUUGUCUUGGAUUGCAAAAAUCAGCCACCGGGGUCUAAAGACUUCGACGGAGUCGAAGGUCCAAGCAGUGUUUUAUCAUCUUGCGCUGAUUUAUUUGUAUUUUACAAAAAAUGCAUGCUCCAGUGCACUCAAUUAAGCACCGGGUCAAUUAUGUUGAACCUCUCUGAAACUUUUCAGAAAUAUUUACGCGAGUACGCUUUAAAAUUAUUGCAAAAUAAUUUACCUAAAAUUGGAGGGGGUAGUUUAAGUCUUGGGUCCAGUAUGAGCAGCAUUACUCGUGACUUUAGAGAUUUAUCAACUGCAGGGUUGAUACAAAAUUUCCAGAGCUUCCUUAAGGAGGGUGAGACAACUAGAUUUAGCAAAGAAGAGCAGUCUAGAAUUUGCUGCAUUUUAACAACAGCUGAAUAUUGUCUUGAAACUACUCAACAAUUAGAAGAGAAGCUUAAGGAAAAAACUGAUAAAAAUUACGCAGAAAAAAUAAAUUUAUCUCAAGAGCAAGACCUCUUUCACAAUGUAAUCUCUAAUUGCAUCCAAUUAUUAGUCCAGGAUUUAGAAGCAGCUUGUGAUCCAGCGCUAACUGCGAUGAUAAAAGUCCCCUGGGGGUCUAUUGAGAGCGUAGGUGACCAGAGUGCUUACGCAAGUACGAUAAUUGCGCAUUUAAAGCAAACUAUUCCGACGAUUAGAGACAGGUUGUCUUCUUGCAGGAAAUAUUUCACGCAAUUGUGUGUAAAGUUUGUGAGCUCUUUUAUUCCGAAGCUGGUACAGCAAUUGUAUAAAUGCAAGCCUUUAAGUGCGGUUGGAGCGGAGCAAUUGUUGUUGGAUGUACAUAUGUUAAAGACGGCGUUGUUGGACUUGCCUUCUACUGGGUGCCAGGUUGCGAGAAAGGCGCCGGCUACUUAUACUAAGGUUGUGGUCAAGGGUAUGGCUAAAGCGGAGAUGAUUUUGAAGAUUGUUAUGAGCACUACAGAGUGUCCCAAGAGCUUUGCUGAACAGUGUAGGAGGUUGCUCCCGGAGUUGCAACUGCCGGAGUUUCAGAAGGUGCUGGAGAUGAAGGGACUGAGGAAGCAGGAACAGCUUGGGUUGGUGGAAAUGUUUAAGGCUACUGCGGCGGAUAAUCUGGAGGGUGGGGGUUUGGUGGUGGAGAGUCCGGAGCAUGAAGCGGGGAAGAUUAAGCGGCUGGAGAAGUUGAUUAAGAAGAGGAUGUAA